UGUGGAACGGAGGGUGAGAAGAAGGGGCUGAGAUACUCGUUUCAGCACCGCGGACAGCUCCCGGUAAAAGCAUCCAGCUGCAGCGGUUCGCUCCUCUCCGCUACUCUGGAAAAGAAGAGAACAAUCAAAUUUGAGAUAUUUCUCACCUCUAUAAGACCGAAAAUAAGAUCUAUUUUCGAGGAGGGUUACUUAGUUUAAUUCAGUCCGGAUCAGGCGACAUAUUUGUAGCGAGAGGCUACAGACAAAACCAUUACAGGACUCCCGAGGUUUUCGUGUGCAAUCUCUGCGAAGUUUCUCUCCACUGAAAGGGAUUCUGCCUUCUCCCACUGGUCUGCACAGCCCGGAAAAUCGGUUGGUGUUCAAGGGAAGUUGAAGAGAAAGUGACACCACAUCAGCACCUUCUCCUGGUUGGACUAUAUCCUAAUAUAAGUUGUUGGACUUUUUUCGUUGACCCAGUCCUACUGCGUAAUUUUUGGUUGUGUUUGUGCAGGAUUUAUAGUUCUUGGAUAAUACUUCUAGUAGCAAAUAAUCAAGCAAGACAAGUUUUUUUCUUCAUUCGAUGCUUUAGGCAUCUACAGCCUCCAGCCUGCAGAACCACCGGUACACCCCACCACCACCUUCUCCCCAUGUAAUGCUCUUACAUUAGCCACUGAUGCAAGGCUUUGAUGCGCCGGGAUACAUUUCUCUUUCGCAGCACUGAUUCUUUCCUCCUCCAAGUCGCCCGUCUCAGCCUUCUUUCAAUUUAACAAUCACAAAGGGACGCCCUGGACUGCAAUCCUCCCCCCCAUUUUCGACAACUGCUGCAGACUGGUAGGUGAUAAUGGCAAUGGAUCGAUGAUAAAUGCUUAUUCAGAUUACUGUUGGAUGAAGUUGGAGGCCCUGCAUCCACACAUAAUAACCAAAGUCACAGCUUAGCAACUUUUAACAUCCUGAUCCGUCGUUUUUUCUUCUUUUUUGAGACUUGCUGUAGAGAUAGGUGUAGCCUGUUUGUAGCAGUCCAUGACGGAAACGAUGGCGCUGAGUGGAAACUGUAGGACUAACCCCAAAGAGCAAGCAUCAGUUCAGAACAGUUUCCCAGAUGUUGUUGAAUUAAACGUAGGGGGGCAGGUUUAUUACACCCGUCACUCGACUUUGGUGGGCACCCCGAAUUCAUUACUCGGUAAGCUAUUCUCCUCCAAAAAAGAUGCAUCUAAUGACUUGGCGAGAGAUCCCAAGGGCCGUUAUUUCAUUGACAGGGACGGGUUUUUAUUCCGAUAUGUGUUGGACUACCUCCGAGACAAGCAAGUCGUCCUCCCGGACCACUUCCCGGAGAAAGGGAGGCUCAGGAAAGAGGCGGAGUACUUCCAGUUACCCGACUUAGUGAAGCUCCUGACCCCUGACGAUAUCAAGCACAGCCCGGAUGACUACUUCCACAGCGACUAUGAAGAUGGGUCCCAGGGCAGCGACCACCGGCAGUGUCCGCCGCCCUCUCUCGUCCCAGCGGACAGAAAGAGCGGCUUCAUCACGGUGGGGUACCGGGGUUCGUGCACCAUGGGCAGAGAGAGUCAGACCGACGCCAAGUUCAGGAGGGUGCCUCGGAUACUGAUAUGCGGGCGGGUGGCCCUUGCCAAAGAAGUUUUUGGGGAGACCCUGAACGAGAGCCGGGACCCGGACAGGACCCCGGAUCGGUACACCUCUCGGUUUUACCUCAAGUUCAAGCACCUGGAGAGGUCUUUUGACAUGCUGUCGGAGUGUGGUUUCCAAAUGGUGGCCUGCAACUCAUCAGUCACAGCCUCGUUUGUCAACCAGCACACAGAGGACAAGAUCUGGUCGAGCUACACAGAAUACGUCUUCUACCGUGGUCCAUCACGUUGGUCCUCCCCUCCAUGUGACUGCUGCUGCAAGAACCACAAGGGCGACGGAGAGGGCGAGAGCGGAACCUCCUUUAACGAGCUCUCCACCUCCAGCUCUGAGAGCCAGUCAGAAGCCAGCUCUCCCCAGGGAACAGUCAUCUGCGGACCGGUCAACCGCCAGUCACACCCUCAUGCCAACGUCCAAACCCUGGACAGGCCGGCGAAAAAGGGCCCCAUCACCAUGCUUCAGCAGUCUGACCAGCGGCGAAAGAGUGACUUGCUGCGCACGCUUACGGCAAGCUCCCGCGACACCAGCACCUGCAAGAAAAGGCCGGCGAAAGAGAAGCUGACAGUCGAAGAGGAGCUGGAUAAGUGCAUUCAAGACUUCCGCAAGAUCAAGAUCCCGGAGAGGUUCCCUGAGAGGAAGUACAUGUGGCAGGCCGACCUGCUGAGAAAGUACCGCCUCUGAGCCAGGAAACAGGACAGAGGUAGCAGACACAUAAGGCCAAGGAUCAGUUUACAUGUUUUUUGAUCUUGACUUUUGCAACAAAAGGGAGAUAACACUUAACUCAUUUGAAUCCACACCUUUAUGCCACAUGGAUGAAAGUCCAGAAAGAAGCUAGUAAGAAGCAUAAAAACUCUCUUAUUGACAUAUGUAGUGCAUAUGUAUGUGUGUGUAUGUAGUUUAGGCCUACUGUAUGUACUGUAAGUAUGUGCUGUACCUUGCUGAAUGCUUCAGAGCUAUGAAUAAUGUAUCCCUGAGGACUAAUCCAAGUGGGCGAAAAACAUCCUCUAUGAACCAAUCAACCAACCGAAUGCUUGCUAAUGGCUAUUUAGCAUUAAUAGGGGUUGCCGAGGGUUUACUGGACUGCGCACACUAUCAUCUGUCAAAAUUUCUCUGGAAAAACCAUCACAGGAGCCACAGUUUUGGCCCACAAAGACACAUUGAUUUAGUAUGUGAAUGUGUGGUAAUUUGUGUGUGUGUGUGUGUGUGUGUGUGUGUGUGUGUGUGUUCUUGCACCCAGUUGGCCUAGAGGUCACAGAUAAAUCUGCAUCAGGACCCAUUAAUAAUUCAUGCUAUCCCGACAGUGCUCUCACUAUAAAUACACCCAGAGCUCUCUGCUGCCAGGGUGGCGUAAACAGCUUGGUCAAUUACUUAACUUUUAGGCAACAUUUUGGGACUUCUGCGGCAGGAGGAGGUACAUUUUCAUAAUGAGCACAAUCAAUUUUCUUCUUCUAAUAUCAGUUGUAUUGCAAAGUACCCCAAGUGCAUCAAACUAGCCUGCAUUGCAUUGAUUUUAGAAGUGUUGACUAGAUGUGGAGCAAUUACCAGGUUACUGUGUGACGGAUGAGUGAGGGUGACUUUUGUACACACCUAUACACACACUUUACCAUUUACAUAAUUUACUAAUUAACAAUUACUUCACCUAAAUGAACACAACACUCACAAACAUUCAUUCCCACACAGAAAGUGAUCAAUUGUGAGGUCAUUUAAACCAUGCUCAAUAUGACACCUACAGUAAACACAGACAGAAUGGGACAGGAUUGCUACACAGGCUAACAAUGGAUGCUUUCUUCCCCGACUGUUCACACGGUGAUCGAUAGUUAUUGAUGAUAGGGUCCAGUGAUGGAGCUGAUCGAUGUGGUUGUUGUUUACAGUUAUUAAUGAAGCCCCUGGGUUAUUUACGAAGACAAGCUGGUCAUGUAUUUAGUGAAUAUUAGCCAUUAUUCAUGUAUGCAUUUACGCGCACCUUGCUCAGUCCAAGUCAAUGUGUUGUGAUGAGGUUACAGAAAGAUGUCAGACAGGUAUUAUUAGUAAAUAGUGCAAUUCAGAAACACAAUUCAAUUUCCCCAGUAAAUUGAUUGUUAUUUAUUUAAGGCUCUUGCUGGAUUAUAUCUUACUGACAGAAUGAUUUAGAAAUUAUUUCAGGGUGCAAAUUAAAUAGUUGACCACCGAAAAUGGAAAAAGCACACAGAUAUUCAGCAAUGUUGUACAUGUAAAACAAUUAUUUUGAGAGUUAUGAUGGCAAACUUUUUGAAGCCUCGAAUGCCAUUUAACACAAUCGUUGUCAGAUUAGUUAAUUGUUUAUUUAAACUGUUAAUGUUAGUGUAAUUGACAUCACAAUCUGUGUUUUUUUGGAGAGAUGUGUAAAAGAGAGAACAUAUAUAAAAGGGGUUGGAUAUAUUGAACAGCAGAUUUUAACAGUCAAAACAGCUAAGGAAACAAAUACAUGAUGCAAUGAGAAUUAAAGUUAAAGAUGUUAAGAUAUUUUAAUGGUAGAUAAAAAACUAACUUUAAUGUGUCAUCUGUGAGGGGCAAAUAAAAAGGAUGAUGUCUGUAGAAGGAAGCUUCUUAACACUCACUACGUCCAAUGUAUG